AACUUCAAAUGGGAACACAGAAAUAUACUCUCUCUUGACCUUCUCUACAAUCCACUAUCUUUUCUCUUCUGUUUUCAGUUUUCUCUCGUAACUAUAAAUCUCUUAUCUCUCUCCGCCCUCUCUAACAUUUUCCAUCAACCAAGAAACAAAUAAAGAAAGAAAAGAUGGACAAUGGAAUAGCAGACAUGGCUCUAAGCAGCCUGGGCAAAGGAAUGGAUUUAACAUCCGAUUUUCGUCUCAAGUACUGUAAAGGCAAACAAAGAUUAGUUCUCUUAAACGAAACGGAAACAAGAGAACUUGCAGUUCCUGGUUUUGGAGCUAUUACUAAUGUCUCCAUUGAUAUCAAAUGUGAUAAAGGCGAUCGAGUUCGAUAUAAAUCCGACAUUCUUGAAUUCCAACAGAUGUCGGAGCUUUUUAACCAGAAAUCAUCGGUGCCCGGAAAAAUUCCAUCGGGAUUGUUUAAUGCCAUGUUUGGAUUGGAAGGAGGAAGCUGGGCAGCUGAUGCAGCUGACACUAAAUAUUUAGGAAUGGACGGUUAUUUCAUUGUUCUUUUUGAUGUCCAUAUUGACCGUUACCCGUUACUUCUCUCCGAUGAGGUUAUUAAUGCUGUUCCAUCUUCAUGGGAUCCGCCCGCACUGGCCAGGUUCAUCGAAAAAUAUGGAACUCAUAUCAUUGUGGGGUUAAGCAUAGGAGGCCAAGACGUAGUGUUAGUCAGACAAGAUAAAUCUUCCAAUUUAGGUCCAUCUGAACUCAAGAAACACUUGGAUGACCUUGGAGACCAGUUAUUUACAGGGACUUGCAAUUUUAUCCCCAAAUCUAGAGACCAAAAGAACAAGGCACCACAAGCAUUUAAUGUGUUUGAUCCACAACCUGUUACCCUCAAUAGCUACUCAUCCAUCAGUGCAAAAAAUGGAAUUACAGUUAUAUGUACGAAGAAAGGUGGAGAUCCAUCAGCUAAUAGUCACUGUGAAUGGCUCCUAACAGUGCCAUCAAUGCCAGAUGCUAUUCAUUAUAACUUCAUACCCAUAACUUCUCUCCUUAAAGGUGUUCCUGGCAAAGGUUUCUUAUCACAUGCUAUAAAUCUUUAUCUUCGAUACAAGCCUCCUAUAUCAGAUUUAGAAUACUUUCUUGAAUACCAAUCUCACAAGAUUUGGGCUCCCAUUCACAAUGACCUUCCGUUAGGUCCUACAACAAAUAUGGCAAAUCCUUCACCAGCUCUCCAUUUCAACCUGAUGGGUCCUAAACUAUAUGUAAACACUUCUCAGGUUGUUGUUGGAAAGAAACCAGUAACAGGAAUGAGAUUAUAUCUAGAAGGAAUGAAAGGCAACAGAUUAGGAAUACACCUUCAACAUCUAUCAGACACACCAACAAUGUUCGAAAACAAGAUGGACGACACGCAACUAUGGCGAGGAUCAGAAGAAAGUAACGAUAGUGGGUUUUUUGAAUUGGUUUCUCGGAAAAAAUUCUCUCAUAUUUGCACAGCUCCAGUAAAAUACAAUCCUGCGUGGACAAAAACAAAAGACGUAUCCUACAUUGUAACAGGAGGUCAACUUCACGUGAAAAAACAUGACUCGAAAUAUGUUCUUCAUCUUCGUCUACAAUAUUCUAAAGUUUCAGGGUUUUUCAUCUCCCAAUCCCGCUGGAUUGAAGCCUCGUCAGGAUUUUCACAGAAAUCCGGCUUACUAUCUGCCCUGAGUACUACUAUAUCAGGAAAUCCAGCGAAGGAGACGCUGCAGGCAGUGGUAGUGGAUUCUAGUGUUUUUCCGUCAGGACCGCCAGUAGCGGCACAGACGCAGAAGCUAUUGAAGUUUGUGGAUAUUUCACAGCUUUGUAGAGGGCCUCAGGAUAGUCCUGGGCAUUGGUUAGCUACCGGAGCAAAAUUGGAUUUGGAGAAAGGGAAAAUAUGUCUGCAGGUUAAGUUUUCUUUAUUAAAUAUCUGUUCUUGAAACAGAAAUUAAUUUUGCUUGAGAGUUUUAUAUAUUUUAAAUAUAUAGGCUAAGAGUUUUAUAUAUUUUAAAUAUAUAGGCUAUAGUUCUCAAUGCUACACCAGAAUUGUGCACAUAUAUAUAGCCUGGUGUCUUUGAGAGGAGAAAUGGAAAUUGUUUUGUUCUUAAUUAAUUCUUAUAGUGUAUAUAUGGGAAAAUUCAGCAGUUUUAAUUUUGGUUUA